AUGCCAGGCCCGUCUCCGUAUCGCCAUACGCCGACAUCUUCCGUGAGCGGUCCAAGUGGAGGUUACCCCUUCCCGCCGACCGGCCCGCCUCAGGAAGCUGCCAGCCCUGUGCAACGACACCAACAAUAUCCACCGUCCAACGCGUUCCCCCCGAGAGAUGGCUACCCUCAUCCAUCUGGUGCAACGGCGCCUCAGUAUGCUCAACAGCAGCAACCGCCGCCAUCGCAGCAACAUAUACCUCAGACACCGCCCAUUGGGACCCCUGUUGGUGGGCAUCCAUAUCUCCAUCAGCGCUCACAAUCAACCCAUUCAACUCCUACACCUACAUCUGCCCAUAGUCAGCAUCCGCAGCAGCAGCAGCAUCACGGCCAGCCAUAUCCCCUUCACGGUAGUCCUGUGGCGACGGCGCAUCCGCCGCCCGAUUUCAAUCGGCAGCUCUCGCAGCCUCCGACCCCACUGGGCCCGCCCCAGACCGGGCCUCGACAAUCUUCUACUGCACCAAGCUUUACACAACCACAAAGCCCGUAUCAACAGAGACUGUCCGCCUCACACCUCGCCCAAGCCACACCUCCACCACCACCUCCACCAGUCCGCAUGCCCAGCUCCUCCCAUAGCACCCACGAACGAAGAUCAUUAUCACAUAGUGAACGCGACCGAAGCAUCAGCGUCAGUCCCAAGACGAGAAUACCGAGUUUGCCGAGCAGCAUUAGUGGGCAGACAGAACCCGAAGUGCGACCGCACCCAAGCGUCACCAACAUGGUGGAACCUGAACGCGAACGCGCUGCGACACCCGCCAAGAGAAAACUUGCCGACCGAGACUUGAGUCCCCGAGAAUUGGAAAGGAAGGAGCCACGACCACCGCCUGCCGAGCUCAAUGGUGGACCUGCCAUCUCUAGGUCGCCGGUGAUGCAACGAAAGAGGAAGAUUCACGCGACACCCCCCAUCUGGGCUCAGACUUGGAAUGCUCGAGAAAAUAAGAGGCUCAAGCUGGCCAAUUUCGAGCUCCAGAAACGAGGACCGCCGCACAUCAAUGGCAAGUCCGAGUCUGUCAAGCAGGAUAGUACCAGCCGCCACACCUCACCAGAGGCAACGCGGUCCACCGCUCCUCCAGUUCAGGAACCGCCGCCGCCGCCGCCGCCCAAGACCGAAGGUUUGCUUGGCCCUUGGGAGGAAAGCAUUCUUGGUAAUCGACCUUACGAAGAGUUGUCCAAGACGAUCGCCGAUUUCUUGUUCAAAAACGUCACACUCCAUCCCGACAGUGGGGAGAUAAUAGGACGUGGUGUGCAGUUCGAAAUUGAGGCCAAGAUGGGACAGCUCAUCGACAGAGAUACUAAUGAUCGUGUCGAGAGGGCGAUAGGCUCGGAAUGUGUUCUGCACGACACUGGGCGCCUGGCUUUCAGAAGCAGCAUGACCGAGGCUCAGCACAAAGGUCUCAAUGAAUUCCUCAACACUUUGGUUGUGCAGACAGAUCCCCGAAACCCCAACGCACGCGGCCGAGUACAAGUACAAUACAAACAUCGACGAGAGAUUGACAAGUUCUACGAGCUGCCAAAUGCUCUGCAGGCCCGUCUCCCUGGUUGCGUCCGUUCCCUCCUAGGUAACAGGCGUUCAAUCAAGGUUCGAGUCACACAUGACCAAAAGACGCAGCAGGUCCUGGCCAUGAUUGUCAAGGCCCGCGUAGCAGAUAUCCACUUACAUCUUCCCACAUGCCCACUCGACUGUCGCCUGAGCAUCAACCUCGAAAUGCCGUGGGACGGCUCCCUUGAGGAAUUGGAAAGCGUGGCUGUAGGUCACGCAGAUAAGUUCCCUGACCGGAACAAGGACCGUCUCAGCUACAAGCAAAAUCACUACCAGGUCGACUUGACGCAAGUGACACAAAUGAUGCCUGGUCCCGGAAAUACCUCACAGAUGAGCAAGGAGCACGAACUGGAAAUAGAGCUAUCACCCGAAAUCGUCAUCGAUCAACAACGCCGCGCAAUGAGAAACGAGCCGCAUCAAUACCAGCAACUCGUUGAGGCAUUCGUCGACAACAUUCGCGUCCUCGCUCGCAAAAGCCGCGAAUUUGUGUAA